GCCUCGCGGCACCAGGGACCGCUGCGCUGUGUUUGGCUUUUUGCGUGUCUCUGCGUGAGAUUCGCACUGCACUAUGGGAGAUAAACACAGCGCUGCCGGGCGGUGUUAGUCCGUUGGGGAUGUGUUUAUGGUAAAGAUGGCGGCGGCGGCGGCGUUACUGUGCGGCGUGCUCAGAGCGUCCCACCGCGCGCGCGCACCCGGCGGUGCUCUCCGGCGUUACAGCACGCGGGGCACGGCGUGGACGUGUCACGCGCUCCCACACAGAGCUCUGAUCACCAUCCGGGGACCGGACACGCGCUCCUACCUGCAGGGGCUCGUCACCAAUGACGUCAGAGCGCUGGAGGAGGAGGAGGGGGGGAGCCCACCCGCUGCCCUGUACGCACACCUGCUCAACGUGCAAGGGAGAACCCUCUAUGACGUCAUCGUCUACAGUCUUAAGGAAAGUGGCGACGACAUGAACAGCGUCCUCCUCGAGUGUGACAGCUCAGUCCUGAAAUCCAUCACACAUCACCUGAAGGUGUACAAGAUCCGACGUAAGGUGUUGGUGGAAGCGUGUCCAGAUCUCUCACUGUGGUCUUUACUGGGACUAAACACACACUGCACACAACCCGCAGAAGGGCAGGAGACAGAACCCGAACCUGAAGUGAGGAAUGGAGCUGGGGUGGUGGCGAUGGUCCGGGAUCCCAGAACCCCUCUGAUGGGCUGGAGACUGAUCACCAAGAACCAGGAGAAUCCUCAAGAAAUCAUCAAAGCCUGCAGCCAUGGUGACGUUGACGAGUAUCAUCGGCAUCGCUAUAGAAUCGGUGUUCCAGAGGGGGUGCGAGAUCUCCCCCCGAGUGAAGCUCUGCCUCUGGAGUCCAACCUCUUCUUUCUGAACGGAAUCAGCUUUUCUAAAGGCUGCUACCUCGGACAGGAGCUCACGGCUCGCACCCAUCACACUGGCGUGAUCCGAAAGCGCCUCAUGCCCCUUAGACUGUCCGUACCUGUGGAGAAUCUGCCACUGGGGGGUGCCAUUGAGUCAGAACAAGGGAAAACAGCUGGAAAACUGAGGUCAGGGCUUGGGGAGCUCGGGCUGGGCCUAGUACGCCUGAGUCACGCCAAAGAGACGCUCACAGUGUCGUCCAAUCAGGGUGACAAAGUGACGCUCACAGCGUCAGUGCCAGAUUGGUGGCCCAAGGACAUGAAGGACAACUUGUAGACAUUUAUACAGUCUACCUUAAUAUAAUAAUAAUAAUUACAAAGGAUCAGAUUCUACUGUUGUGCCAAAAUGAAUAUCUUAUAUUUUUCACAUAUAAAUUUAAACUGCUGGACUUCAAACAGAGGAUAAACUUAUGAUAUGACUUAAGUUUAAUUUCCGACUCGGGUUCAGGUUCAGAUUUGGGGUUUAGGAUCAAGCAAAGGCAUUAGGACCAAACAGAGUUAAAGAUCAGACUUGGGGUUUAGGAUCAGACUUUGGUUCAGGGUCGGGCAAGGGAGUUUAUGAAAAAGCUCCGGUUUAGGAUCAGAUUCAGUCCAGGAUCAGACCUGGGUUCCAGAAUAGGCUUUGGGUUUAUGAUAAGGCUUAAGUUUAAGAUAAAGCUUUCAAUUCACGUAUUUGAAGAUUGGAUAUGGGUUUAGAAAUGGGCACCGAUUUAGAAUGAGACUCAGGCUUGGGACUAGACCUUGGUUUAGGAUCUGGAGUUAAAAGCAUCACAUAAAUAAAAAAUAUAAUUAGAUUAGAACCAGACUUGGGUUUGGUACUGGACUUGAGCUUUGAAGAAAAAGUGGUUCUUUGGGCCGACCUCAGGUUUAGGAUAUAACACUUUCACAAACACUCUCAAUGUCACACUACCGAUAAAGUACCAAUCAUAUAAAUCUGUUAAAUUCAAUCAUUUGAAUAUCGAGUCAGAUUUGAUGAGCUUGUAUUUAUUCUGUUUUUGGAAAUAAAAUAAUUUUUCUCUCUAA